AUGGCGCCCCCGCGCCAGCGGACCACAGCCGUUCAGGACGACUCGCGAUCUGAAGCGUCCAGUACAACAACAAAGGAACUGAAGGCCGCGGCAACCAAAGGCAGAAAAGGUACAAACGGUGUCACAACGACCACUAUCUCUCGAGAGGUCAAGGUCACUACAAAUGUUACCAGCGCCCCCGCUACACAAGGCGAGCAACCGGACAACCUCCCAAGAAUCCCUUGGUCCGAGAUGCCUCUCGACUUCCUCCACUCCUACCGACACGCCUACAAGUUGAACUGUCCUAGCGCACACUCCAGCGAAUACUCGCAUAAUCUUCUUUCACGAGGGAUCGGUCUCCUAUCACCAACGGCCAUUGCUGCACAGCGAGCUCAACGUCACGGUUCCCAACAGACGAACGGUUCGUCACGACAACACCAUAGCCGAAGCCGCCUCAAUGGCAUUAGCGGAGGUUCCCACAAUUUCUCUUCGAAAAAGGCCAACACUCACAGCGGAAAGGGUUCAUUGAACCAUAUCGUCGGUCAGGAUCGUGUGUCUAAAACUCAGCUCGCCACGGCCGUCCGCAAACAUUUCAAUAGCGCCGGUCUGGUGGAACAGGAGGCCAUCGCACGAUUCCUUUACAAAGUUCGCGAAGAAGGUCGAGGACGACACUUUCGACUGAAAUUCCAACCUUGA